UUCCCAAAGAAAGAAAAGAAAAGAAGAGAAAACCCGUUUCUUUCAUUCCACUCCAACCAGUCUUGAAAAACCCUUUCUUCUGCUUCUUCCCAAAAGCCCCUAACAAAGAUGAGUUAUUACAACCAGCAGCAGCCUCCUGUCGGAGUUCCUCCUCCCCAAGGAUAUCCUCCGGAAGGGUAUCCGAAGGACGCGUAUCCACCGCCGGGGUACCCUGCGCAGGGAUACCCGCAGCAGGGCUACUAUCCUCAGCAGGGCUACCCUCCUCAGUACGCCCAGCCUCCUCCGCAGCGGCACGACCAAGGUCCUUCUUUCCUUGAAGGAUGUUUGGCCGCCCUUUGCUGUUGCUGCCUCUUGGAUGCUUGCUUCUGAGGUGGGAGUAAGAAAUGUAUCUUUUCUUUUAUUUGCACAUAAAUGGUGAGCCUGUGGCAUGACUUGUCAUGAAAGUGUAUUAUUCUGUUUCUGCAUUUGGUUGAAACAAAAAAAAAAGAA